CUGUCUCUGUCACUCUAUUUUCUCUGUCUCCACUCUUCCAUCCCUCUUUGCCCCCCUCUGCUUCCUACUGAAGUGCUGCUGCUGUACUCUCUUCCCAAGUCAAUCCCUUGCUUGCUCCCUUAUCCUGAGGCUGGCUGAUCAUACCGCGCUGUAGUUGUACUGUACUGUACCACAGUGUAGCUCAAUAGCAGCCAUGAAGUUGUUGCAGGUGAUGUCAGGUGCUGUGCUCCUCUCCCUGCUCCUCCUUGCAAGCUUUGGACAUUGCCAAGAGGAGGACAAGGAUGCAAAGGCAGACAGCGUGACAGCCAAGCCCAAGGGGAAGGCUCGAACAGGGGGCAAAGCGGCAGGGAAGAAAGCCCCCAAGACCUCCACGGCCAAACCCAAACUACGUGCUGCCGCCACACCACAACCAGCCCAGCAGGGGGCAGUCCUGACCCAGGUGUUGAACAAGGGCAAGUUCCAGCGGGUGGGGGACAGGCUGAGUGUGGUGGCAGGGGACACGCUGGAGCUGCGCUGCAAGGGCAACCCCGUCCAGUGGGGGGUGCCAUACUACCUGGAGGAGGAGGAGGACGGCAGGCUCAAGACGGUUCAGCAUGAUCGCUAUGGCACCCUGACGGUGGUCAACUCCACUGGGGCGGAUACUGGGGCGUACACCUGCUACCCCAUGUACUGCGAGGGCUCCGACUGCCGCAAGGAGUACGACAAAGCUGUCAAGGUCUUCGUCUUCUUCCCUGAUCCCCAGGAGCUGUUUGUGCCCUCGUCAGACUACUACGAGGUCAUCCAGCUGCGCACCAACUGGCCCACCGUGCUGCCGUGCCAGGUCACCAACCCUCAGGCCCAGGUCACACUGCACCGAGAGUUCCCCCCAGAACAGGUGAAGGUGGACGGCACUGAGAUCUCGUUCGACGUCAAGCGCGGCUUCACCAUCCACCGGCCUAAGCAGUACCACGCCGGGUCCUUGUACUGCGUGGCCAGCUAUGGCACCCUCCGCCAGAGCUCCACCAAGUACAUGCUCAUCUACGUCAACUACCCGACGGCCCCUCCUGCCCCCGUCAUCCAGGCCUCCUCCAGCGCAGUGCCCAUGGGCUCCAACCUGCAGGUGGUGUGCACUGUGGUGGGAGAGCAGGACGUCUCCGUGGAGUUCACAUGGGACUACCCUGGACAGUCAAUCGGCCGGCCCCUCUACACCCAGGACAGCGUGAGCGAGGCCAACAACAUCGGGCGACUGCGUCAGCGCUCGGAGUCGGUGCUGUCGGUGGACGAGGUGCGGGAGGUGGAUCAGGGCACCUACACCUGCACCGCCCAGAACCUGGAGGGCUCCCGCUCCGCCUCCACCACCGUCAAGGUGCUGCCCAAGUCCGGCCCAGACCCGGCUGCCACGCCCAAGCCCAAGGCCAAGUCCAAGAAGCCAUGAUCAGGACAGGACGCAUGGCCCGGGUUAAAGAGGGCCCAGGGCCAUUAUCCCAACCUGUAGCCUUACAGGUUGGGAUAGGCCUCCCGCACACAAAAAAACAUGACAAAAUUACAUAAAGAGUGUCAUAAUCCCGAGCUAAAAAUUAAGUCUGCCAACUUUAGAGAGGAGUGUUACGUAACAACAGAUUCAUUUCUCAAUACUGCAUCUGCCAAUCAGUGGG